AUGUCGAGAACAAAUAUUGAAGAAGGAGAGAUUCUUUCAGCGGAACAAGAACAAGUAUUGCUCAAUGAUGAUGAAGAACCCACAAAAACCACUGUCGACUCGACAGAGGAUAGGUGGGCGAGCAUGUUCCGAGAGUUUAAAGACGACGUUUUGGAGCGUUUUUCACGCAUUGAGGCCAAACAAGAAAGGCCCUCUAAACGGCGGCGUAGACACAAGUCGUCAUCGGCCGAAGAGUCGCCUGACGACGAUAUCUCUGACACAGAGAAAUUAUGUGGAGCGGUAGACUCUGCCGAAACAAGUAGUGAGCGAGAGGGCGACACGCCAAAUGGGCAAAUGAUUUCGGAGCCCGAUGAUAAUCUGCUGAGCGAAAUUGCUCAAGAGUUUGACGGUGGCGAUGACACAGGGCCAAACGUAAGCGAGAAACUCGCUGACAUUGUCAACAAGCGUUGGGCUGAAAAGCUGGAUGAUUCAAAAUUUAAAUCCAAAUUGGAAAAAUACAAUAGACCAGCAAACUGCACUCGCCUCCUUGUCCCUAAGGUAAAUCCCGAAAUUUGGGCGAAUUUAAGCCACAACACAAAGAGUGCCGAUUUACGUAUCGUAAAUUUUCAAAAAACGCUCACGAAAGCUGGUAGCGCAUUGACUAAAAUGACAGAUUCCCUUCUGGAAUUGCGUACCAAACUCAGUAAGUCAGACACUGAACAACAGAAAACUCUGGGUGAGCUCGUUUCGGGUAAUGCUGAUGCAUUGGCGCUUUUAGGGCAUUUGAAUAUCGACCUGUCGCUGCAUCGCCGAGAGUUGAUUAAGCCUCAUUUGAAGAGGGAAUACGGCGCGCUUUGUUCGACACGAACACCGAUUACCGACUUUAUCUUUGGCGAUGAUCUACAAAGCCAACUUUCGAGUAUCACUGCGUCGAAUAAAAUUGGCCAAACUACAAGUGCCUUUGGCAGUGGGGCGACUCCUCGGCGCUAUUCUGACAGCCAUAAUAAGUCUUUUAAAGAUAAGUCUUUUUUAUGGCAGCGCAAAGGAAGGGCGUAUCGUCCAUAUCAGUCCUCUCAACAAAGCAAACCCCAGAGGCAGAAGUACCACAACAGGCCGAAAAAUUAAAGCCAGAUGACCAAAUUAAAGUAUUUCCUGAUAUAACUGAGGUAAAUUUGUCUGAUGAUGUAUUAAUAAAUUAUUUAACAUAUAAAGUUACCUGUUUUAAAGCAGGCAGACUAAAACAUUUUUAUGCCGAAUGGGCAUCGUUAACCUCAGACACUGAGAUUUUACAUAUGAUAUCGGGUCAAAAACUUGAGUUUUGGCACCCUCCUUAUCAAGUGUUUGUCCCACGAGAGCGUAAUGAUUGAGACGCCACCCAAACGCAAACGUUUGAAACUGAGAUAAAAAGUCUUCUUCAGAAAGGUGCCAUUGUCCCAUGUGCGCAUGAACAAGGAGAGUUUAUUUCUCCAAUAUUCACUACACCUAAAAAGGAUGGGACUUCGAGAAUGAUACUUAACCUUAAAGGUUUAAAUAAGUUUAUCGAAUAUCACCAUUUUAAAAUGGAAUCUCUUUCAACAGUGAUCAGCCUCGUUAAACGUAACUGUUAUAUGGCUUCUGUUGACCUAAAGACGCGUACUAUUCUGUGCCAAUUGCAAAUGAGCAUCAAAAAUACUUAAAAUUCCUAUGGAAAGGCCAACUUUAUAAAUUUGUUUGUUUCCCCAAUGGCCUGGCUUUUUGCCCGCGGAAAUUUACCAAGUUGCUUAAGCCUAUUAGUUCAUCAUUAAGACAACUUGGCCAUUUGUCAGUUAGUCAUAUAGAUGACUCUUAUCUGCAAGGGGAUGACUACCGCGACUGCGCUAAAAAUGUCUUAGCAACUAUUAAACUUUACGACUCCUUAGGGUUUACUGUUCACCCUAGCAAAUCGUCAUUUAUUCCGACACAGAAAUUAAUCAUUCUCGGGUUCUUAAUUGAUUCCGUAGAGAUGAAGGUAUACCCCACAGCAGAAAAAAUCGAAAAGAUAAAAACUGCUUGUCAGGAGCUAUUAACUAAAUCGUCACCGAAAAUUCGUGAAGUGGCGUCAGUGCUGGGAUUUUUAAUAUCUGUUUUUCCAGCUGCCCUAUAUGGACCUUUACAUUUUCGUGAGCUUGACAUGGAUAAAACGGAAGCUCUUAAAUUAAACAAAGGGAAUUUUGAAAAACCCAUGUGUUUAUCUGACAAAGCAUGUUCAGAGUUAAGCUGGUGGAUUAAUUCCGCUGAUUCAUUACAUAAACCUAUUUCAAACACCCUUCCAGAGAUAACGUUAUUCACUGACGCUUCAAAUCAUGGAUGGGGGGCAGUGUUGAAUAACUGUCCAAUAGGAGGGAAAUGGACCCCAUUGGAGGCUAAUAAUCAUAUAAACUAUUUAGAAAUGUUGGCAGUUUUCCUUGCCUUAACCGCAUUUCAUAGCCACUUAUCCGGUAAACAUGUUUGUGUCCGAAUAGAUAAUAUGACUGCAGUGGCUGAUAUAGGGAAGAUGGGUACAAGCCAUUCUCGAAAACGAAAUGCUUUAACUCGGAAUAUUUGGGAUUGGUGCGUACAGCACAAUGUGUUUCUAACAACAGCACAUAUUGCUGGCAAAGACAACACUAUUGCUGAUGCCGAAUCUAGAAAAUCACGAAAGGAUCUUGAAUGGUCCCUAAAUACAAAUAUAUUUGAAAAUGGUAUUGGCCAGCUUGGUGUGAAGCCAACAAUUGAUUUAUUUGCUUCGCGAUUAAAUUAUAAAAUCAAGCCAUUUAUAUCUUAUCAGCCUGACCCAGAAGCUGAAAUAAUAAACGCGUUCACAGUUUCCUGGCAACCUUAUUUAUUCUAUGCAUUUCCUCCCUUUAGUUUAAUUACACUGGUUCUCCAGAAAAUUCAGGAGGAACACAGUACGGGGGUAAUUGUAGUCCCGCAAUGGCCAACACAACCUUGGUGGCCAGUUCUAAUGCGAAUGAUAGUGCAACAGCCCUUAAUUCUACCUCGGACAAAACAAACUCUACUUUUACCGACCAACCCAGAUUUGCUACAUCCUCUACAUCAAAAAUUAACCCUACUGAUGUGUCACCUCUCUGGCGACCCUUCGAAAAUAAAGGCCUUUCACGCCAAGCUUUGUCCCUCAUCAUGUCAUCCUGGAGACAAAGCACGCAACAGCAAUACGUCCCGUAUGUCCGUAAGUGGGAGCAGUACUGUAGUGGCCGGGAAAUUGAUAACAUUUCAGCUACUGUAGAGGAUGGUAUAAAUUUUUUAGCCGAACUAUAUUCUGAUGGGUGUGGUUAUAGUGUCUUGAAUACAGCCCGAAGUGCUUUAUCGGCGGUAGUGUCUAUGCCACAAAAUAACACUUUUGGCAGUCAUCCUUUAGUUUGCCGUUUCAUGAAGGGUGUCUUUGAAACAAAACCAUCUCUUCCUAGAUAUUCAGAAACCUGGGAUGUGAACAUUGUGAUUAAUUAUUUAGCUUCACUUGGGCCGCCAGACGGACUGACCAUGAAG